CGAUGCUCUCGCGAUCACUCGUGUCGGUUCGUUGUUGUGGUGCUGGUGACUUUUGGCGCGUGGUAAUCAUAGCCGCAGCGUGAUCAGCCAAGUGUAUCCGAGGCGGUUGCUGGUAUAACAAUCGUUGUGACAAUUGACUCCACCAGCUUACCACCAGCAUUUGAGUUGGGUUAAUGAAAACGAUCCCGAUCGGUGUGACCUUUUCGUGAACUGGCGCAUUCAUUUUAGAACGAAGGGAGAACGUAGAAUUGGUGUUGGGCGUUCGAAAGUUUGGAAGAGCUAAACAGGUUUUAGAGAGAGGGAAAGAAAGAACGAAAGAUGGAAACAAACGGAGAUAAGAACGUGGAUGCCGUCGAGAUCAACAUAGAAGGGGAGAUGGAGUCGAUCGAUGUGCCGGAUGCUGGCCGAAACCGUGCAGCAGCACAGCCGCAACCACGGCGUGGUCGACGGUCGUUAAGCCCUGGAGCGGCCAACAACACGCCGGGAGAAGCAGCAGCAUCUGCAGCAUCAACCAAUGGACGCCGCAGUCGAUCGAGUAGUCGUUCGCCGGGUCGGCGAAAACGCGAUACAGAGAUGGCCCUGGCUGAUGCAGUUCCGCUGCUACCUGGCGGAAACCACACCGGGGAGGCAGAUCUACCCCGGCAGAGACCACCGAUUGCUGGACCGGAGAUGGACGAUGAAGAUGAAGAGGAUGCGGUCGAUAAGACGACACGGUUCGAUCCAAACGAUCCCGAUCGAGGAAUCGACAAUGGAUUUCUGGAGCCAUCGGAAGAGCGAUCGAAAGAUGAUAGAGGUUCAACGGAUCGAGCCGAUAGACGUGGUGGUGGUGGUGGUGGUGGUAGACGCAAUCAAGGACCAGCCUUUCCGUACGCACCAGGUUUCGCUCCCGAUGGAACGGUACAAACCACAAACAGUGGCGAAGUAAUUCCGGAUGUAAACGUGUACCAGCAAAAGAAGAACUUGGCACAGGGUAUGAUGGAUCUGGCGCUCCUUUCCGCCAACGCCAACCAACUACGCUACGUCCUUGACUCGGGAAAGAAGGACCAUCCGUACUACUACAUCAACCUAGUGUUCAUCUCAUCCAGCAUAAUCGCUCAGGUGGCCGUCGGAAUUGGUCUAAUCUGGAAGAGCCGGUACAACAUCAAGAGAGAGGCAGAUUUAUGUAAAGCCGAUCGCAUUAAUAAUCUCGUCACGAUCGGUAUUUUUAUCAUCACAAUCGUCAACGUCUUGAUAUCGGCGUUCGGUAUGGCCGACACAAACCCGUCCAAGACGUAAUUUGUGAUUAGACGAUGAACUUUAAACUUACUAACAGAACUUUAAAAAACCCUCCGAUUGGGUUUGGCGUGUUAACAAUAAUCUAGAAUUUUAGAACCAGCGACCGAUUCAAUCUCAUAGCGUUUCAUUGGGUUCUAGAGAAGCAAUAAACGUAAUUUUACCUCGCUCACUUUAGAGAGAGCAAGCAAACAUGGGUAAACUUUCGGUAGUUUAUAAAUAUUUCACGUAAUCAAAAUAUAAUAAAUGAUAAAGUGCCCAUAAACCGCACUAAUAAUACCUAAGCAUGAUUUUUCUGUUUUUGACCACCAAAUACGCCCGUUGUUCCGCGAUUUGCCUAACUUCUGGGGCAAAAGCAAACUGCUCGAUGACGGAAAAUCUCGAGCAGUGGGCCAUGAAAACCGUUGUGGUAAA